UUUCCUUUUUUUGUUCUUCGUGUUGUCACAUGGUGGAUGGGCGUCUGAAGACUUUUAUUGAAAAACAAAUCUUGCUAGUUGCUUCCAGUUGCCACUCGUCUUCAUCACCCGUGCAAUUCUACCGCUGGGAUGGACAGACCAUUUGCCAUUGUAAAAUUCCCCCUCGAAGACGACUGCGUGGCAGUUGUUCCUGUGAUAUGGCUGUCUGAAGAUCGUUCUACGUGCAUGUGGCCAGAAAAUGGAAGAGCAAAUGGAAAAGGGGUUUUGGCCCUGGCCGAACAACGGGCCCUACCAGGUGAAACCGGCUGGGAGCCACAUCCAGUUGUUGUGAUGACAACAUACAGGACUUACCGAAAGGCGUCCCGGAAAAUCAACACUGCAGAACAUACUUCUGCUCUGGACACCUCCGACGCUUCUGCCGGCGAGUCCUGCUCAAACAGGAAAGAUGUCCCCCGUCCCCGACUUGAAAUCCCACCAGCACCCUCAUCAAGCUCACCAUCAAGGGAGAGGACCGCAAUACACAAACCCCAUUCGCAGCCCCAAAAGGUCAAGAAAGGGCCCAGUGCUGAGGCAAUGUGCAAUCCAUGUUCACAACCUCAAAAAGAAAAGGAGAGGGCUAGCGGUGAGGCCGCUGCACGCAACUCCAGGUUCCACUCCCAGAAGGAGAACUGGGACGUCGAAGGUGCCUGUCAUGAAGACAGGGAGGAGGAUGUGGUGGCAAGUCGUGUCCAACUACGACUGCUCCACCUGCUGCUGGAAGUGCGGCAGCAAAACAGAGACAUUCUGAAUGAGCUUUCGCAGCUCAAAGAGGUCUGUGAGGGCCAUCACGACCGGCUGGGACUGUUGGAGGCGCCAGCAGCACAGGCUGCACCAGCACCAGAGUCUGGUGCUCGCCCAGUCACUCUACCAAGGCUACCAGCCACAACCCUGGAAGAAUUGAUGGCGGCGGAGGAAGCCGCUCAGGACGAGGCUGUAGCGGAAGCCUUGCAAAAGCGGCUCUUCAGGAUUGGAGGGAAGACAGACGUGGAGACGGUGGCAAAUAUAAUGUCGCACAUAAUGAGCCCCCCUGUGCAGGCCUUGUAUAGCCUGCAUGGGAAAAAAGGAAAAAGAAAGUUCCUGCUGCUGCAACUUUGCACCGUGGCGACAGCAACCAUCUCUGCAAAAAUCAAAAAGGAUGAGAAGGCAUCCCAGGCCAUCAUUGGCAGAUGGUUACCAGGAUCGGGAGACCGGGGUGGCGGCAGGAAACGCCGAUUCCUCAUGACAGUGGGCGAGGAUCCAUCCCAGGAACUGCUUCCACCCAUGUCCCCAGCUCAAGGGGGUCUUUAGAUAGAGUCAUGUAGGGUGGCAUUUUUGCGGUGCCUUUUCGAUGGACUCUGUCGAUUAAUGCCAUCGUAUGGGACUCGAGCUGUUUUGCUAUUACUUAUUACUUUUUCUCUAUUACUUUUUUGUUUGCUUCUACUUUUUGCUUAAUUU